UCAGCUACAAGUUGGACCUGUGAUCCAAAGAAUGGAAAGGAAAACCCAUGGGCGUAUAUGAGGGAGAUGACAACUGGCUGCUGGACCAGUUUUGUCAGAGAAGACAAAGCAGAGGUCCACAUCCUUAAUCUGGACUUUACCGGAUCGGUGGCGGGAAUGUUUAUUCUGGACAUGAGCAAUGCAAGACCAAUGGUCCUAAUCCUGAAAUCCACAGAAGAACGGCCACAUAUUGUUUUCAGGGUCAACAACGAAGUAAAAAUUUACAUUAAAAACAACUACUCAAUUUCGGUUUUUAUUAAUGGUAAAAAUAGUCACAAUAACACCUACCAUGAUGACUUCCCCACGCAAAAUGAGAAGCUGGUCAAAUGGGCAGAACAGAAAUUUGGCGGCAUGACCUCAUUCACAACAAUUCGAAAUCCGAACAGAAUAUCAACAACAGGAGCACAAGGAACCAAUCCGGAUCAUGCAAACUGUAACCUUGAAAAUGAAGAUGUAUUAAAGAAGGACUUUAUUCAGAUUGAAGCAAAUCCAUAUCUUUUAGAAUCUUGCUUCCCACAGGAACAGAACCCAGUUAAAGAUGAGCUUCAUAUCAUCAACAUCCCAGAGAAUUUUGGCAAACGCAAUGUGUCCAUUCUCGUGAUCACAAAUGGGACUAGUUUGUUUCUUAGAGGGCCUCAGGGCACCACAUGGUCCAUCUUCAGUAAACAACUUGCCAAAUUUGGUUCCACUAACGAUGUGAUGCUAGCUUCGUUUUCAAACAAGAUCUCACCUUCAUAUAAAGGUUCACUGAGAGGUGACAAGCCGGUGGAUGUGCAGAGGAUGGCUCUAGAAUAUUUUCACGUCAAUGCGUUCACUAGCUACACUGAAAUCAAGUCGUUAGACUCGGAUAUUUACCUGGUCCUUGGAAGAGCAGACAGCAAUGAAGGGAAGGUUCCUGCAGUUACAGAAACAGUACCAAAACCCAUAAUUCCCAUGACGACUGAAUCUCCUCGCACGCCUCUGGUGAUGCAACUGUACACCUCACCAGACUACAUUUCACCCCUGGACAAGAACACUAAAUUGCAGAGUGACAAGAGAAUCUAUGCAGAAAUUUCUGGUCACUUUUUUGGGGGAAUUGACUUGACUAUCAAGGUGAUCAACUGCUCUGUGAGCUCCAAGGGUUCGUGCCAUGAAGGGAAAAAGCUUCCCUUCAUUUCAGAGACACGCUCAUUAAAUUCCUGUCCCAACUGCACUCGUCUCAGCUUCUCCUUAGAUGAGCUCCAAGAACUGACAUCAACCUCAUGGGACCUGGAAUGUUAUGUCAGAUUUUGUUACGAUAGAGAGCAAUGUGUACAUGGAGGGAGGGUAAAGAAGAAUCUGGAGCUACCAUGUCUGCAACCACCAGCUUCACCAUGCUUUGACUUUCAUCUAUCUGGUGUUCUGGGAAUUGCUUUUGGAGGGUUCCUUAUUGGAGUAUUACUUAUCGGAGCAUUGUGGCUUAUCAAAGUUAAGACAGGGUACCCAACUAGCUUGGAUGUGAGUUCACCUGCAUCUGGACUUCCUGGAUGUCCUUGCUCAAGAGCAAAGCGGCAGCCAGUCUCAACCAACCCAUCUCCUUCUGAGAAUAGCAGUGCCAACGCUAGCAUUGGAAGCACCCAAAGCACACCCACCAGCAGCAUGGCAUGAGUUCGUAGUACUUUCUACCAGUUGAUUCAACAUCUCCCUUCAAAGUCAUCUAUUUUAGAUUUGUGCUUUUUUCUACCAUAGUUGUUAAAAAAAAGCAUUCUCAGACCACCUUCCGCAUUUAAAUUCUUGCUAAGAAGCACAAAUAAUCUUUUUGACAUACCACAUCUGAAAUAGAUGUGAACUGGGAGCUGGUAGUUGUAGGGGGACGUAGGCAGAUAAUGGACAGCGAAAGUCUAAUUUUUUAGCUUCUUUUGCUCACCUUUACAGCCUCCGCAAAGUCAAACUCCUAGUCAGGAAGUCAAGGCCAAGAGAAAAAAAAUUGGCUCCCAGCAACAGGAAAAACAAACCAUAUCCCGCAAGAGCUAACAGGAAAUUCACAACAUUCCUUUCAGUGAAUUGUGCGCGUGUGAUGGCGGCACAAUAACAGUUAAACAGGAGACAAACCAGUCAAAAGCCAGGCUUUGAAAAAAGGGCCGUUGGUUAGGUCAGUUAUGAGUAUUCAUCAACAACAUCAUGGAGACUAAACAGGUGUGCGUCUUUGAAUCUUUGACCAGACAAAGAGGCUGUCACUUCCAGGGGUAUUUGUAUUAAUUGAUGUUCACGGUUAAUGGUUACAGCUACCUCUUAUAAUUAGAGGUCUGGGGCUAAGUUGGAACUUAAAACCAGAUUUCUAUGGUGAAUUGAGUAUUUGUUCCUUUUUAAUUGUCUUUAGUUAUUGCCACUUAAAUGACCCUGUGGGUCUCUGGUAGCUCGAAAAAAAUUAAGUUAUGGUGCCAGUUUUCUGCUCUUCAGUGGGUGUAUCAGUGCUGUCAUAUUAACAUUUGUUGACCAGUGUUUUUUUUUUUUUGAGGUUAUGAGUUAUAUGAUGCAUUCAUUAAAACACCACAAAAUCAAUCUUAGAAUAUUAAGGAAUGAAUUAGAAAUAAAAAUGAGCUUUGUAUGGAGCCACUAUGUAUACAGAUGUAUUUGCUGUACGAGUGUUGUGCCAAUAGGGAUUAUGAUUUUUCAGAUGUCACAUUCAUAGAAAUUAGAGCCAGUCACACAGCUUUGUUCACUGGGUGGAGUUUCUCCCAAAAUAACAAGCUCCAAGGUUAAAUUGCAGUACUUUUCCUCCUCAAAAUAUCUAUUCUCACCAGAGUGUCUACAGUCCUCACUUUAUUUUACCAAUUUGUUCUAAACAACUCUCAACUGCAGAAACUUGGAGCAAAGCCACAACAUAUUACAUUUUCAUGUUUUCGGGGAGGAUUAGUCAUCAUCCACUAGAUCAUGGAGACUACAGCUUAUAUGGUAUACAGUAGUUUAGGUCCUAUGCAACUUCAAAUAUCAAGAUUUGACAUUGAGUCAUAUUUCCUCAUAUCCACUGUCUUUUCAUCCAGUAUGGGUGCAAGUCCAAAUGCUCUACUUGACCCUGUAAUGAGAGAUGAGUGGGUGUGAAUUUCUUGUAUUAAACCGAAACACAUCAAAUUUAUUCUAAAAAGCAGGCUAGAGUUCACUUCUGUUCUCUUUCUCUAUUUUGCACCUUUUCCCCACUUUUCUUAAUAAAUUCCCUUCUCCGACACUGUCAGAAUCUCUUCAUUGUUAAAUCUGAUGCCACCACAGUAGUCCAGCAUUCUUCAUGGCAGACCUGUCCUUCUAAAAUUACCCUCUUAACUGUCAUACCUCCUUUAUACUGACUUUCGCACUCUCCGUCCCCUCUCCGUCCCCUCUCCGUCCCCUCUCCGUCCACUCUCUGUCCACUCUCCGUCACUACUCCUACGAUGUAACGAGCUUGGUUAGAAGUGGGCCAGCUACUUACAACAAGCAUUUACUUUUAUGGUCCUGCACUAUGCUUUUUCCUCCAUCAAAUCAUGCUCAACCAUGAUGCUCCAUUCAACUCCAUUCACCAAAAAUGCAUUUUGAUUCUUUCUACAUCAAUACACUCAUUGCUGUCCUUUUAAUUGAUUUUUCUUUAUUGAACUCUCUUUAGCAAGCUCUCUUAUUAACCAAACUACAAUUAAUAUUCUUAGAACACAAUUUAUUGGCAUUGACAAAAGUUAUUAGUAAUUUAAUUGUACUUUAGUUGACUCAAAAUCUCAUUAUUCAUUGUGAGCAUAUGAACUAAAAGAUAAGUAUGUUAUUUUAUAGCAUACAUUCAUACAUUCAAAUAGGCUGCAUCGUGAUAUGCAUAGCUUCGUUCUGGCGACUUUCAGGAGGGCUGCAGUUGAUGAUUGGACCAACUUUUUAAUUUCAAUGUACAAAUGUAAAUGUUUUGUUUUUUAUGCAUGGAGAUUCAUUUUUUGUUGCCACAUUUUGUGGUAACUCCCUUAAGAAUAUUCUCAUCAGACAUCAUGCAUUGUACUAUAGAAUAAAAACAAAACAAAACACAUGGCAUCAACACAAGGGCUAUAAACUGUGAUGUUGAAACUUGUUCUUUAAUAUGUGAUACACUAAUUUACUUACUGAUAUAUAGAUCUAUAUGAUUAUAUUCACAGUUCAAAUAGUUAUUCACCUUUGGAUUCGGAAAAUAACCUAAUUUAUUUACUUUGAAUAUAAUCCAAAUCAGCUGCAUUUGUGAAAUGGCUCUUCAUUGUAUAUGAGAUGUGUAGCAAAUUCCCCUUCCUUCCAUAUGACUGUGCAUGUACCUUUUUUUUUCUUUUCAGAGCAUUCCUGAUUUUCUUUGUGCAUUUUUGUCAAGACAAAAACAAAGAUGGCCAGUACAAAUUGCCACUUGAGUAUCUGUGCAAUAUGAUGACUUUAACUUGUAUGCAAUGCCUGCCAUUUUUUGUUUUAUGACACACUUAUUUGGAAUUAUUUGAUAACCUAACUUGUUCAUAAUGUACCUGAAGCUUUGGGACUGGGAGUUCCUAAUCGAUGAACAUCAUUAUUUUUCUAUCAUAGACUAUAGUUUAGAUUCUGCUGUCAUGACAGUACUUAUUAAAGACAGCAAAUUUCAUAUAUUGGUUUAAUUUUAUUGUCUUUCGCCCUAAGAUUCCAUAUUAGUCCAAAAACAACUUAUAUAAAGGAAGUGAUAUUGUGUUGUGUUUUUUAUAUUAUCAUCAUUGGUGUGAUGUGGAAGCCUUAUUUGAAUUAUUAGUACAGUAUGUGUCAUCAUGGAAUUGCAUUCCUAACUAUUUAUCACUCAAAUAAAAAUAUACAACCACCAUUUGUCUUGGAUUAAUGAUAGGAUUUUUUUUAUAUCUAAGAUUUGGAUUGUGUAGACAUGUUCUCAUAUUUUGCCAAAAAGUCUGUGUUCAGCCUGUGUUAAAUCAGCCCCAGUACCUGUCUGAACACUGAAGUCAGACAGGCUGUCAAUUAAUUCCCUUGUUAAGCCUACAGUAUAGGAGGCUGUGUUAUUUUUGUGCUCGAGUGGGCAGCUUUUUACCUUUUAAAAUGCACCUGCAUGUUUAGACAGCACUCAACUGUGGCCAUAUUCUUUGCUUUCUCUGACAAAUUAGUGUCCCUUUUCUAAGAACAUUAAAUAAAAUAAAUUUGACAGAC